UUAGCUUACUUCUGCCGGUGAUCGAGCUCGACAUGUAAUCAUUGCAUUACCAUGUCUAUGUAAGUUAAGUUAAAAUAAACCGUGCAGUCCUCGCGACUGUCUUCAGUAGGAAAAGACAAGCCGUAACUCUUCAGCCAACAUUUCUUUUUACGCUUUGGCCUUCGUCUUUGCAGCGGCGCUUCCUCAAAGCAGUACGAUGACUUCUUGUCAUAAUUAUGAAAGUUUGCCUGCAGCCAGAAGAGUUGCCAUUUUCGGAGGCACUCACGGUAACGAAAUGUCAGGGGUGAUGCUGGUUAACCAGUGGAUUAAAAACGAAACUGAGAUUCAGAGACCGGGGUUUCAGAUAAAACCAUUUAUAACCAACCCCAGAGCCGUGGAGAAAUGUACCAGAUACAUAGACACCGAUUUAAACAGAGCUUUCACUACAGAAAACCUCAGUGCAGAAAAGAGUGAAGACUUGCCUUAUGAAGUGAGUAGAGCUCAGGAAAUCAAUCGCCUGUUUGGACCAAAGGGCAGUCAGGAGGCCUAUGAUGUCAUCUUUGAUCUUCACAACACUACCUCGAACAUGGGGGGCACCCUGAUUCUUGAGAGCUCAAAGGAUGACUGUAACCUUCAAAUGGUUCAUUAUGUUCAGAAUGCUUUGAUCCCAAUGUCUUGCUCCGUGCUGCUGACUGAACACCCAACUCUGAAAUAUGCAGCAUCACGAUCAGUAGCUAAGCGUCCAGUAGGUGUGGAGGUUGGUCCGCAGCCUCAUGGUACUAUCAGAGGCGAUGUAUUGGACACUAUGAAGAAAAUCAUUAAACAUGCUUUGGAUUUCAUACAGCUUUUUAAUGAAGGUAAGGAGUUCUCCCCAUGCACGGUCGAUGUGUACAGGAUCACAGAGAGUGUGGAUUACCCAAGGGAUAAAGAUGGGAACAUUUCUGCUAUGAUACACACUGAUCUCCAGGAUCGUGACUGGCAGGCGCUAAACCCAGGUGACCCAAUGUUUCUGACAUUCGAUGGAAGAACUAUCCCCUAUGAAGGUGACAGCACAGUGUACCCUACCUUUAUAAACGAGGCUGCUUACUAUGAGAAACAGCAAGCUUUUGUGAUAACCAGGAAAGAAACUUUAACUGUUAAAGGCAUCAGGGUUUCCCAAACAUAGAAAUGAAGUGCUACAGGGUUACAGUAUCUAAUCCAUUAAAAGAAAACCGCCCUGCAAACCUUCCAGAUAUUAUUAGGAAGAAUAACAGGAACAUACUGUGAAAUUCUGUUUUUAGGCCACUACAAUAAAGAGCUGAUUUUGUGGUGGAAGGACAUUUAAUUUAUGAUUAAUUCUUAAAUUACGUGUUUUACAAACUUAACAUUUCUGUGUCAAUUUAAAAAAAAAGAAAGGAGCAGCGUUUCAGUACCUCACAUUAAAAUACAUUUCUUAUAUAUUUAGAAACAUGACACUAGACAUAAUUUUAACAAAUCUCAGGUUGCAUAUUGCAUAAGCACAGCCACUGUCUGGUCUAUUUGAAACAGUCCGGGUUUUUUUUCACAGUGUAAUGCUGGAAAAAUGGUUUGUCCGGAUAUACUUAAAAAAAAUUCUUACAGCUGCACUUAACAUUAAAUUGAAGAAAAGCCAUUUAGAUUUAUAAAUAGCUUUUUUUAUGUGUUAUACUUUUUUUUAUUGUGUUCUUAAUAAAAAAAUAUAUUCAGUAUGAAUAUUAGUGAUACUGUAUACAUAGAGCUGCUAGUUUUCGGGUUUUAUUUUUGAUCACGUGAUGUCCCUUUAAACAUAUUUUGAGCAGAUUCGCUUUCUUAAUCCAACACUAAUUACCAAAGGAAGCUGUUUCUUUUUACCCUCAUAUCUUGAUUGAGUUAACGAACGGCAUGCAUUGAUCUCACCUGAUUCUAUUUGAACCUGCAUUUCGUUCUGGCUCUAAUCACCGAACUCAUCUUAUUAAUUUCCACUGCGUUAGUUUCUAGUACUGCGUGUCUAAUUUAAACAAUCUGGCAUUCAGUUAAGGCUUAACAACUAUUAAUUAUUAAAAAACGUAAAAACUAGAAGACCUAUGUAUACACCACAAACACUUUUAAACAAAGCCUUUGGAAACUUCAAAAUAAAUAUUAACAUGAAUACAAAGGUAUAUAUAUUUUUAAUAGAUGAUACUUUAUUAAGGUAAUAGCUGUUUAAAUUUUGAGUAAGGAUAAUAUUAACAUAAUAACACCCCAGAGCUGUUUAAUUGCAGGAAAUUAUUAAAUUAUUGAUUCCUAUUAUUUUCCUUACUAAUAGCAAUAAAUCUGCAAAAAAGGUAGCGUUUUUCUCAGGUUAUUUGUUGAUGUUCUUAUCAUUUUUAAUCUGUUGUGUGUUUUUACUACUUGUACCUAAGAGUUUAAUUGAUGCAUAAAAUGUGUUUUGUCUAAUGCAAAUGACUUAUUACAUGUGGUACACAAUCAGUAUCUAUUGUUUUUAUUGAGCGUUGCACAUUUUUAAUAACAUGUUUGAUAAGAGUAAUAAAUACAACUUUCAAGUGUUUGGUGUCUCUUGCUUGUGCCAAUUGCUGCACACUAAACAUUUUAUUAAUUGGUCAAGAAAUGUAUAUGCAAAUCGUUUUUAAUAAGGGUCCUCCUUUAAAAGAUACACUGAUCAUGUCUGUCUUAAACUCUGCAUUGUGGACAUGAUCACUUCAUUGUAUCUUCUAAACUUUCUGAUUGGAUUCUGGUACAUUCUGAUAAAUUUCCAAGGAUGACUCAACUGCAUAAAGUGUUUUUCUUUGUCACUAAAAAGCAAUACUCAUAUCCCCGUGACAUA